AGUCCGGAGCGGUAGCGCGAGCUCAGUACAACGAAGAGAACCCAGUGAGUCCAUACCGUGUGACUCUAGCGAAGGGAGAGAAAGAGACAGAAAGAUAGAGCCUGCACCUUAAAAUCAGCCCUUAUAUCUGGAGAGGGUCGCCGCAGCCUGGAGGGGAAACGAGGGACUUGAUCUGCACCGUUAUUUUUUUCUUUUGUGUUUUCUUUAUUUCUUUUCUGGGGGAAGGAUUGUGAGCGUUUGCGUGCAAAGAUGAUGGUCGGGGAGAUGGAGGUGAAGGAGAGACCGAGGCCGAGUCCCGACUAUCUCAUGCAGUUACUGAACGAGAAGAAGCUCAUGACGAGUUUACCGAAUCUGUGCGGCAUCUUCACACACCUGGAGAGACUCUUGGACGAAGAGAUAACCAGAGUGAGGAAGGACAUGUAUAACGACACAGUGAACGGUCUGGUGGACAAACACCCCCUGGAGUUACCAGAGCCAUUGGGACCCAUUGUACAUUUACAGGAGAAACUCUUUGUGCCAGUCAAAGAGUAUCCAGAUUAUAAUUUUGUUGGAAGAAUUCUUGGCCCUCGUGGACUCACAGCAAAGCAACUGGAAGCAGAGACUGGCUGCAAGAUCAUGGUUAGAGGGAGAAGCUCCAUGAGAGACAGAAAGAAGGAGGAGCAGAACAGAGGGAAGCCAAACUGGGAGCACCUAAAUGAAGAGCUGCACGUGCUGAUCACAGUGGAGGACACACAGACACGUGCCGAGAUCAAGAUGAGAAGAGCUGUCGAAGAGGUCAAGAAGCUAUUGGUGCCUGCAGCGGAAGGAGAAGAUAAUCUAAAGAAGAUGCAGCUUAUGGAGCUGGCCAUUCUAAACGGAACAUACAGAGACACCAACAUCAAAACGCCCACCCUUGCAUUCUCUCUUGCAGCAGCGGCAGCAGCUGCUCAAGGCCAGCGUCUGAUCGCAGCCCCUGCGGGUCAGGUCCUCCCCCCGUCCGCCCUCAGGCCCCCCACUCCGGCAGGGACCCCCCUCAUGAACAUCAUUCGGCCCACUCAGAUGGCCACUGUGCUACCCAACGGCACCCCUACCCUGGUGCCCCCGUCGCCCGAUGCGGGCAUUAUCUACACCACGCCCUACGACUACCCUUAUGCCUUGGCACCCACGUCUCUGCUGGAAUAUCCCAUAGAGCACGGCGGAGUCCUAGGUAAGCGGGCGUGGGGGCUUGGCACUUCACUCUUCGGUGCCCCACAAGAGGGCAUUGCCGGAGUGUUUUACGGGGGCAUGUUGGAUGGGUCAUCACCCGGCCCAGUUCAGGACUCAAUGAAAGGUGCAAUGGCUACUAAAGUGCGGAGACACGAUUCACGGGUCCAUCCUUACCAAAGGAUAGUGACCACAGACAGAGCCGCCACCGGCAACUAACAAAUGACCUCUGAACUCUGAACUCUUCACCCAAUGAUGAGCCGCCCAAGCCUGCCUGCUGAUCAGAUUAACUGGUAAUUGCCUUUUGCUAGCCUGGUGGACGCAGAGAGAGAGGCACCUGUCCGAGCAGUGAUCCUAACAUAAACCAACAUAAAACACAACAACCCUCCAUACCAACACACAUUGUGUAGCGAUAACUACGGUGAUACUUUUUUUUUUUUUUUUUGGUUGUUGUUGUUUUGUUUGUUUUUUACUAUUAUUUCUUUCUUUUUCUUUUAAAAUCUCAAAUGACUGGGUGGAUGUUAACAGUGAUGUUGCAUUACCCGAAAUCUGCACUGAAGUUUAAAAGCAAUAAAGAAGCAUCUUCAGCUAAUUCAGCCCUUAAAUGCAUUUAUACUCAAAGCUCCAAUAUAAAAAAAAAAGAAAAAAAUGGGGAAAAAAGAAAAAAAUACAACUUGGUGACCCUAGUUUUAUUAGUCAUAACGCUAAGUGGGGCAUCCAAAUAUUCUGUAUACGCUACCCCACCCAUUUAAACUGUCACCAUGAAUAAUCAGCAAAAGAAAAAGAAGGAAAGAAAUCUGCACUCACACCAACUUGUGUAUUUCCUGUCCUUCUCUGAUGUAAUCCUGUGUUUUUCAGUUGAUGAGUUUUACUGUGCUGACACAUUCUGGGUGUGCCUGUCCAACUGACUUAGAGCAUGGCUACAAUGACAAACUGCAAAAAGCUUGUUUUGAUUUCUUUGUUCUGUUACUUCUCCCUAUUUUGUUUCUUAUGUUUCCAUGUAUCUUAUUAGCAUUUGGCAAUACUUGCAGGUUUAUACGUGCUGCGCGUUGCAGUAUAUGUGCCAGCUCGGUAGGGGGCUGUAGGCAGAGUCGGGCAGGGCAAGAGUUGUUUGGGGUGAAGUGUUUUUGGAGUCUUCAAAUCUAGGAUAUUCAGGGUUGGACAGCUGGGAUAUGAACCGGAAUCAGUUUACUGAACUAUGCCAUCCCAAAAACUCUCAACCCCUCCCCACAUACAGUGCCUGAACUUUCUUAAAAUCUUUCUUUGAAUGAGCUGUGAGAUAAAAGACAAAAAAAAAAAAAAAUGUGUGCGCAUUUAGCCAAAGGGUUUCCAUUUAAUGAAUAUAUAGAGUAUGUAUCUAACCGCCAAGGGUUCUGUCAUUUUAGUCUAGAGUUUGAAAAGGUUUGAUGUCAUGCCUGUAUCUGUUUGUUAUAAUAGAAUCAAAAGAUGGAUGAAAUGGUAAUAAAUUGUCCCACAAGACGCUAAUUUCCUUGAGGAAUGAACACUAAGGAAGAUGAAUAAGGUAGACCGAACAGGAGAGGGUUUAACCUCACUGCUGAUUUAUCUAAAAAAAAAAAAAAUUUUUUUUUAUUUUGUUUGAAUUUCUCUACCCCAUCCCACCUUCCGACAAUUACUUCAACUGAGCUGAAAUUAAAUGCAAGUGUUCUUGCCUUCAUGAAUUGAAAUUCACGAAUGGGAAGCAACUGUGAGUAAUUUCGAAUUGUUUCAAAUAGCCCAUCCACAAUGUGUCCUGCACACCCCCAGCUACUGAGCCCACUUUCAUUUCUAAACACCCUCUUAAGAAAACAUAGGAUGUGAAAGCCAUGUCUGCCUGUUCGAAUUGCUUUAUACAUACAUGAUAUAUAUAUAUAUAAAAAAUGUAUACAAAUGUAGAUAUGUCAUUGCAUAUUAAAAUAUAGAAAGAUCAAAAUUAGAUACUUUUACAGGGUGCUGGAGAAGAAAUAUAUAUUUUUGGCAAUUUUAGCUUUUUAUACUUGACUUGCAGUUACAAAAUAUGAAACAUAAUACAAAAAAUAUAUAUAAAAACAUUUGUAGAAUAGUACAGCGAAAGGUGGUAAAGAAAGGUUGCGUGACUUUGGAUACUAUUGGCCAGGGGGAAAAAACAGACCAAAAUAGUCCAACCUUUUGGAGGAAUUGCAUGACGUGAGAGGAGAAGAGUACAGUUAGAGAGAUAAGUGCCUUACUGACGGUCGUUUCUUUUCCAAGUGUUACAUUCUGUUCAAUAAUAUCCAGCACCAACAAGGAUAGCGCAGAGUGAGGGAGGGCUUGAGAAGAGGAAGCACCCCAAGAGUUAAACCACCAGGCUGUUGCAGUGUUGUGCCACUGAAUCUAUUCUAUGCAAAGGAAUAGCAGUCAUUUGACCAGCUAACUAUGUGCCAUGAUUCGUCUUCCCAAAAUUAAGUUGAAGUCUUGUUUUGUUGUUUUUUCUUUAAUCCCAGUUUGAACAAACUGUUUAUUUCUCUUUAUUUUAUUGCAUUGUUAUUCUUAUAUUAUGAGGACAAAAUCGGCAAUGCUGUCUAUGUAUUUGGUUACUGUGAUUUUUUUGUCAAGAACAACUGCCAGUCAUUAUGUGGAAGUCUGCCAGGUGUUUUAGAAGGGAGAUCUCUCAAUGAAUUGGACUUUAACUGUAACCUCCUCUUGUUUCAAGAUUUGCAAACUGGAAGCUUUCGAUCAUAUUUGCCAAAACAUAUACUUUAUUUUAUGCCAAGGAAGUGUUUUUGCUUUUUGUUUUUAAAGACCGGAGGAAAUACAGGAUGGGGGUGUGGGGGGUAUUCAGCCUUUUUGGUGUUUUACAAAGGAUAGAUGUAGCUUUACAGUGCACUGAUCUGAAAAGCGCAAAUAAUGCUUGGAGAGGGAAAAUAUCACAUUUACUCAAAGUAUUACUGAGAGGAAGGUCACUGGGAUAUUCAUCAGUGCCAAACCCGAACAGUCACAGAAGAGCCACAGUAUCAAAUCACACGCCCAAGAUCAGCAGUUUUCAAUCAUUGGAACAAGCGGAGGUGUUCAUAACAUUCAGUAAGAUUACAUUCAACUUUGUGUCCUGUAACCCUGGCAGUCUCUAAUGAAGUCUUGUUCUUCACCUGUGUUACACAAAAAGGUCAAUGUCUUUUUUUCUCUCUUCUCAGUGUUAAAUACAUGUUUUUAAACAUUGAAAUAAUGAAAUGCAAUAUUAGAGAGGAGCAAAGACGACUGCAGAGAAAUGGACAGUAUUAAAGGAAUCCCCUCUGCCAUGUUACUACAGUACAUGCUGUUAAUGUUUGGAGUUGGGUUUAGUCUAUCAGGUGUAUGGAGAAAACCUUUGUGUUCUCUUCUGCCUGCCUACUUCAUGUGUAAUAAUGUAAAUUACAGCCAUUGUUACAGGAUUCUAAUGUAUUUUUCUAACUUCAUUUUCUAUGUACAAGUCAUUUUGUUUCUGAUCUCCUUUUGUGAUGAAACCCACUACACCUUUUUUUUUCUUUCCUCUUCCAUGUCCUCUCUCCUCCUCUGCCCUCCCUCUCAGCCCACUCUUUACUCUAAUCUGUCUCUCUCAUUGGGAGUGUUGCCUUUUCCUACAGUUAUUUUGUUUUCUUGCUGAUUCUUUAGCUUGUUUAACUCAUUAGCGACUUAUUAGUUCCUCUUGUCAUAGGUAUUUUUACAUGCUUGCAUUUAGUUUUUAUGGUGUAUGCUGUUAUUUUUUUCUUAUUAACCUCCUUGGCAUUUAUUUUAAUAAACAUUCUUAGUAAGAAUUUUA